AGAAGUGAAAGAAAGUAUAUUUUAUGACAAAACGUUUCUACCCAUAUACACUGUGCAAUAUUGCAUUCCCAUCGAAUCUCAUAAUCGUAACGCAUUUAUUGAAUCUCAAUUACCAAAGACAUGCUCUCGAAAUGGAAUUUAAUGAGACAGAUGUCUCAACUUCUCAUCAAGGCACAUGCAGUGAAUAACAACCAAUUUCUGCACACUGGGGUCAAACUGCUAGCGGCCAACGUCCAACAGCCAGCUCCAGCUUUCAAGGGUCAAGCUGUUGUGGACGGUGACUUCAAGGAAAUUAAAUUGGAAGACUUCAAGGGAAAGUAUUUGGUCUUGUUCUUCUACCCACUGGAUUUCACUUUCGUUUGUCCCACCGAAAUCGUUUCAUUCAGCGAUCGCAUGAAAGAAUUCCAUGAUCUGAACACGGCCGUCGUUGGAGUGUCAGUUGAUUCGCAUUUUAGCCAUUUGGCAUGGUGUAACACCGAUAGAAAGGAUGGUGGUAUUGGCAAACUACAAUAUCCGUUAUUGUCGGAUCUGACCAAACAAAUAUCCAGAGAUUACGGUGUAUUGAUCGAAAAUGCUGGCAUUUCGUUGCGUGGCACAUUUAUCAUCGAUAAAAAUGGCAUCAUUCGUCAGAAAACGGUGAAUGAUUUACCAAUUGGCCGGUCCAUUGACGAGACCUUACGAUUGAUCAAAGCGCUACAAUUCUUCGAAAACCACGGCGAAGUUUGUCCGGCCAAUUGGGAUCCGAAGCAAAAUUCCGAUACCAUCAAGCCCGAUGUUAAGGGAUCCAAAGAAUACUUUAAAAAGAAAGGCUGAAAGAUCCACAAUCCAGUUUGAUUGUAUGUUGUUGUUUCGAACGUUUUGAAAUUAAAAUUUUAGUUGAAAGUUUCGUA